UUGCUGCUUUGUAGCAGCAAGUGAACAUCUGGGAGCAUGACCUCACCACGAUGGAUGAUCCUCGUCUGCUUCUCCCUGAUCUCAGUCUUUGGGACGGGAGAGAGUUUGACGAUCAUUGUUCCAGAGAUCUCCAAUGAACAAAAUUCUCUGCCUGCAAUUAUUGCUCAGAUGAGCAGAGCAAUCGCUGAUCUGAAUGCCAGCCACAAAAAACUGUUGGUUCAGCAAGGCCGGAGCGGAUGUAAUUGUAACCCGUCUUCGCUCCAAGCCUGUUACUCACAAAGGAAUCUUGCGAAUAGAAGGCUGAGCUCUUGCAAUUCACAAUUGAGAUCACUGGUUGCCCAGAGGUCCUCAUUACUGCGCCAAGUCAGUGCCUUCCGUUCCCAGUAUGCAGCAGUGGUGAAACAGAGAGCCGUAUUACAGAGUCGAUUGAACGUCUUUACAAGGUAUCAGAAUUACGGAUGGAAAUAUUACCGUGGAAGUUUCUAUUACGUCUCUACAAGCACCGCAACAUGGGUGGCCAGUCGUAAUUACUGCACAGCAAGGGGAGCCGACCUGGUGGUCAUCAAUGAUGCUUUCGAAAACAACUUCACCAGAGGACUGAAACGCAAGGCCUGGAUUGGACUGUACAGGUCAGGAUCCAACUGGAGAUGGGUGGAUGGAAGUUACCUGUCAUCAAGAGCCAGCUAUUGGGCUCCAAGAGAACCUAACAAUCUUGGAAAUCGGGAAGGUCAUGUGGAAAUCCGUCUCUUCAACAUUUUAAACAGCUGGAAUGAUGAACCAUGGACAACUGCAAACUACUGGAUUUGUGAGAAGAAGGUUUAGUGAAAGCUCUCUGAGCUUUCUUAUCCUUAAAUGGCAUUAGCUUGAGAUCUGCUGAAGUGAAAACCUUAAUGCAGGUCAUCUGUCCUUUCUGCUUUACUUUUCAAUCAUAAUGAAAUCAUUUUAUUGGUAUAAUGGGGUUGAUUAAGAAAUUUAAUCUUUUGUUGUUCUAAAACUGUAUACUUCUCUGUGGCUAAAUAAAGCAUUGCAAAAUCAA